AUGUUCUGUCAAAUCCUAUUACAAUUUAUCAUUUUUAAAAACUUAGGUCAGCUGAAACUCCGUUCUGGACGUGUACUCAUUGUUGGAUGUGGUGGACUCGGUUGCCCAGCUGCAGUUUAUCUUGCUGCUGCUGGAGUUGGCUUAAUUGGAUUAGUUGAUGAUGAUAAAGUAGAAUUAAAUAAUUUACAUCGUCAAGUUGCACAUUCAGAGUCAACAGUAAAUAUGGCGAAAGUUCAUUCACUGGCCGACAGAUGUAAGCAAUUGAAUUCCACAGUGAAUAUACAAACGCACGAGAUUCAUUUAGACAAUACAAAUGCAGCUGAUAUUAUAAAAGAUUAUGAUGUAGUCAUGGACUGUUCAGAUAAUUUAGCCACGCGUUAUCUGGUGAAUGAGGCUUGCGCUGUAACUGGACCUAAGCCACUUGUGAGUGGCAGUGCCUUACGUUUAGAGGGGCAGAUGACUGUAUAUCUUACCAAACGAGUUCUUCGGCAAGAAGGCGAUCCGUACGAAGAUCAUCCUGGUUCGGAAUAUCGAGCUCCAUGCUUUCGUUGUAUUUAUCCUGUUCCACCGCCAGCAACCAGUGUUCAGGGUUGCUCCGAAGCCGGUGUUUUUGGUGUCGUUCCAGGUAUAAUUGGUACAAUGCAGGCGGCAGAAGUCAUCAAGCUACUAACUGGCGUGGGUGAUGUUCAUACUGGUCGCCUCUUCCUCUUGGAUGUGGAGCGGAACUUAACUCGUUCAGUGAAAUUACGCGAACGUCGGCUUGACUGUCCAGUCUGUGGAGAUGAUGUAUUGAAUAAGAGUGGUGACAAAUGUCUUACUGACUACGUCUUAUUUUGUGGAGCGCCUAGCUGCGACAAGCCACGUAAUAUGAAUCUGACAAUGAACAAUCGUCGUAUUACUGUUCAACAAUUGAAAAACUACGUGGACUCGCAAACACCACAUUUAAUUAUUGAUAUACGUCCGAGGACUGAAUUCGACAUAUGCCGUUUGAAGUCAUCUUGGCACAUUCCUGUAAAUGACCUUUUGCGCCAUUCAACGAUAUCUAAAAUUCGAGAAACCAUUGAUAAUCGGAUCAUUCAAGGUGCUCCCGAACCUUUCCCUGUGAUACUUUUAUGUCAUCGUGGUAAUAAAUCCGCAGAAGCUGCACCACAUUUGAGCAGCGCACUGUCAUCAUUUCGAAAAUCAGAUUCCGAAAGCAAUAUAAAAGAAUUGGCAUCAGUUGACGACGACACUUCUAAUCAUCCUGACUUUAUAGUGUGUGACGUUGCUGGAGGUCUUUCUGCAUGGGCUCUAGAAAUUGAUCCCAACUUUCCAACAUAUUAA